AUGGACUUUGAUCCAAGUGAGGUCGCCUAUGUUCCCACUACCGGGGUACGAAAGGAAUUCAAAUUAGCUGUGGUGAAGGCCACUCCCGAGAGCGUCAAGGGCUACGGCCACAUCGUCGACUCGCCGGACAACUUCCCAAUUGAAAUCGUCCGAUGGCCCGCUCAAGGUUGGAGACCCAUCGACAAGAACUCUGGUGAUCAAGGCGGGACCACCGAGGGACUCUUCGAGUUCUGGUGGAAAGGCGACACGUUGUAUGCACGCAACAACGCCGUGGGCGACAGCUAUCUGUUUGCGUGGAGCCAAUUCCCAGAAGAGGCUUCCAGCGUCGGUGACGCCAACGCCCGCGACAAAGUCCUCAUAUGGCGAGCCAACUAUCACCCGGAUGGAGGACAGAUGUUCUUCCCCAUGGAUGGGCAGAGUUUCAUCGUCCCUGUGGCUUUGCCCGGGGACGACGUGACGCCGGAGAAGUUUGUCGCUUUCAGGGUCGACGGUGGGAAAGGCCUCUACAUUCAUCCAAACAUAUGGCAUGGGGCGGUCGUUCCUCUUGAUGAUCACAGUCGUUUCAUCGACCGUCAAGGCAAAGUCCACGCUCGGGUAUCUGUUGACUUUGCGAAGGAGUUUGGGGGCUAUCUAUCCAUACCGCUGCCUUCGGUCAAUGGUACGAAUGGGACAGGACAUUGAUGCACAAGUUCUGGUUGUGGCCAGGAGCUUUUCCGGUCCAAUCUUUACCACGCAUGUUCAGCAACCCUCAGACACAUUAUCCCUACAGAGAAAAGCUCCACGAUUGCGCUCAUCAGCACUACACGAUGUGAUUUAAAUAUAGGAUUGGACACUUU